AUGGACCCCAGCGUCAAUGCCUCCUCCUACGCCAGUUCAGCCUUGGGGUCCACGGCCGCCUCGUCCGUUGCGUCCACAUCGCCAACCGCCCAUGUCGCCGCCAGUCCAUCAACAUCAUCCACUGCCGCCCCUACCCAGACCGAAAAACCCAUCAUCAAGCGGAGAGCCGCCAUCGCUUGCCGCGCCGAGUUUCCAUCUCGUGGCCAGCCUGACCUUGACCGCGACUAUCGCCACCCUCGUACGAGAGCUGAACGGCCCAAGGGCGCCGCUGCCAAAGCCAAACGCGCAGAAGACCCUCCUGCUGACUCGUGGGAGGGUUUGCCUCCGCUAGACGAGCUGGUAGAUGGCGUUAAUCGUUUCACCCGCUUCUACUUCCAGCUUGGCUUUCUUCCCAAGAGACAAUAUCCCGAAAAGCUGCGCAUGAGCCCUCACUCGUGUAAUUUGUUUCUGUUGCUCAGUAUCUUGAGCGUCUCGGCUCGCAUGACCCCAGCGUUGUGCAACAGGUACGGCACUGGCGUCAAAGCGGCCGAAUUCUUCAUGGAACGUGCCUCUCGCAUAGCGCUGGAACAGGUAUAUGCCGAGCCUUCGCUUGAGCUGUGUCAGGCCUUUUACCUGCUCAGCAUUGCCCAGCACGGGAGCGGCUUGAGAAACAAGAGCUAUAUGAACAUGGGCGUUGCUGUCCGCAUGGCUACUCUCAUGAUGCUGCAUCGAGAAGAGACAUACAAGCUUAAUAAUCCCACUCGAGAAGCAAUCAUGGUAGCCGAGUCAGCCCGUCGAACAAUCUGGAUGCUUCACAGCCAGGACAAUCUGCACUCUGGCCCCGUCUCGCCAGUCGCUCUGUCCGCUUCCGACAUUACCACCCUCCUCCCGUGUGACGAAGACGACUUUGCCAAUGGUGUUCUACCGGCGUCUCGCGCUGCCUUGGCCGGAACUCUACCCGCCAGGGACAACCCCGCGCUCAUCUCCGACAGAAACCGAUCUCUCUUUGCUACUCUUAUGCAGAUACACAAUAUCUGGGGAACCGUCGGCCGACGGGCUGUCUAUGAUAGCCGCAGUUUGAAUCCGUGGGACUCUAACAGUGAGUUUUCCAAGAUGGCCAAGGUAUUGAACGAUUGGGAAGCCUCUCUCCCGCCCAACCAUUUAUUUAGCCACGAGCUGCUACGACGAUACAAAAAUGUGGGUGAAGACUUGGCCUACCUCUGCGUCACUAUGAUGACAAGACUGUGCAACAUUGUGCUUCGUCGUCCCUAUCUUGUGGACUUGAUCCAGUGCAAAGAAACGCGGCAGCAGGCAUUCUUUGCGAACUUGUCUCUAGACUUAUUUCGCAAUGUUCGCUGGCUCUACCAACAAAUCGAAGCCCAAUUCACAGACCGCACACCCGACGAAAGUGUUGGCGCGCAAAUCGCGUCUUUUUGCGUCUAUAGCUGUGGUCUUUUCUCGACCUACCUUUGCAAAUACCCAGAAAUUUGCCCGGAUGCUUCUAUAGCAGAAAAGGGGCCCGCGAUGCUGAAAAGGACGAUUAAUAUUCUCAAUGAAAGCAAAGAAGUUUGGCCCCUAGCAUCUCGCUGGGCGGAGUCGUUGGAAAACUUCUCCCGCAAUCCCAAGGCGACGCUCCUCACCACUGAAGGGAGCAUGGACGACGGCAAAGACCCUAUCCCGCGAGCCAUCCACACUUUGCCGCCACCCAUUUCAAAGUCUGCCGAAUCUGUCGCUGCUGUUGCGGCCAUGCCAGACAGAGCACUUCCUCUCCCAGGCACGCAUUUAAGAUCCGCAUCACCUUUGACGAUGGGCGCACCGCGCAAUGACCGUGUUCAAAGCCCGCUCGUCCCAACCGCCGUCCACGGACAACCACCAGCCAACGCUCACUACGCAGCGCAGAUGAAUCCGCCACAUGCAUCACCGGUACAACAACACCAACCACCGCAAAGCCGCUCCUACCUCAGCCAAUACCAGACGAGCCAGCCACCGCAACCUCGUUCAGAGGUGCAUCCUGUCUCGCUACAAUUUGGCAACCACCACCACCAGAGUUCGGCACCGGUCCUGCGACCUGUGCCGAGUCCAACGAACAACAACAACAACCCCGUACAAACAGCCCACACACUAGCCAACGCCGCCGAUAUGGCUCAACGCUGGCCAAUGGCAAGUGUCCUUGGAUCGUCUCCUAUUCCCAACAACCUCAACCGACGACAGCAGCAGCCGGAUGCCGUGGGCAUGCUCAUUCCAGGCUAUACCAACUUGCCUCUACAUCAACAGCAUCAACAGCAUCAACAGCAUCAACAGCAGCACGGGUACCUGGCUAACAGCCUCAUGAUGGACCAGGACCUCUCUGGCCUCCCCUCGCAGCAGUCCUUGCUUCUGGAUGGCUUUGAGAAUGAGUUGCUCUUUCAGUUUGACGGCGAGCACGAUCCGCACAUGAGCUUGCCAUUUGAUCAAUGGCAGCCUACUAACAUUUACACGUACACGCCGUACGAACAUUUAAUGGAUACUACCUCGUAG